CAGCCCCUCUCGCAGUCUCUCCUGCUGCGCCCCGAGUACCCCGGAUGCUGGAAGUUUCUGAGGGCAGUCUGCAGACUCCUUUUAAUUUUGGCAUGAAUCAUAGAACACCAUCCUACCCUGCUGGGGAUUAUUGUCUUCUGUGCAGAAGUGAACGGAAAGACUCUUCAUUCUUGGAGAGUGGAAUUAAGACUGCGAGCAAAUUGGCCCUUUCCAUGGCCCCCAAGGGCAACAGCGUGCUGCAUCUGCCACUGUGGGUGUGCCCGGACUGUCGGCGGGCUGUGGAGAAGGAGGAGAGGCGCAGUGGCCUCGACCAGCCAUCGGCUGGAGACCCAGGAAAGCUGGUGGUGUCAUUCAGUCCAAAGGCCUGAGAACCAGGGGCCAGUGGUGUGAGUCUUGGUCUGAGUUGGAAAGCCCGAGAACCAGGAGUGCUGAUGUCUCAGGGCUGGAGGUAGGUGUCUCCGCUGAGGCGGGGAGGGUCAGGUGGCCCCUCCCAGCCUUUUCUCCUGUCCCAGGGCAUCCUCAGUAGAAUGGAUGGUGAGGGGAACGUCUUUACUCAGUCUGCAGAUUCAAAUGCUCAUCUCUUCCAGAGACGCUCUCACAAACAUACCUGGAAAUAAUGUUUUACUAUCUGUCUGUUACCUCUUAGUCCAGUCAAGUUGGCACGUAAAAUUCCUUAUCAGAGUGUUUAUACAAUAGAAUU